AUGGACAGUUGUAAUGCUAAAAAAAAGACUAUUUUUGAUGGUAAAAAUACUUCAAUAAAAAUCACAGUUUUGGAUAAAAAUGAUAGUCCACCAUCAUUUAAAGAUACACCAUUAAUAUAUUCGGUAUCAGAAGAUUUAAGUGUUGGUCAACCAGUUGCAACAUUACGUGCCAUAGAUCCAGAUACAAUUGGACAAUUAAAGUAUUCAUUGGAAGGUGGUGAUGAACAUAAUCAUUUUACAUUGGACUCAAAUACAGGUGUAUUACAAUUAAAAGAUACUUUGGAUCGUGAAACACAAGAUACUUAUAAAUUACGUGUACGAGUUAGCGACACGUUACAAUAUACAGAUACAAUUGUAAUUGUUAUGGUGACCGAUACAAAUGAUAAUCCACCAGUGUUUAGCGAAAAUGCAUAUUCAUUUGAUAUACCAGAAGAUUCUGUACGUGGAGCACGCGUUGGACAAAUUAUUGCUACUGAUCCAGAUCAAGGUGUUAAUUCACAACUAACGUAUACGGUAAUUAGUGAUUGGGCGAAUGAUGUUUUCUCUUUGAAUCCACAAACUGGAAUUUUUACAUUAACUGCACGUUUAGAUUAUGAAGAAGUUCAACAUUACAUUUUAGUGGUGCAAGCUCAAGAUUCCGGUACACCAUCGUUAUCAUCAACAUUAACUGUUUAUUGCAAUGUGGUUGAUUUGAAUGACAACGCUCCAAUAUUCGAUCCCAUGUCAUACAGUAAUGAGAUUUAUGAAAAUGUUACAAUUGGUACAUCAGUUGUAACAGUUAGCGCAACGGAUUUAGACUCUGGUGAUAAUGGAAAAAUUACAUAUGCCAUAUUAUCUGGUGAUGAGAAACAUGACUUUCAAAUUUUAUCAAAUGGUACAAUUUUCACAAAACGACAAUUGGAUCGCGAAACACAAGCCAUUUAUAAUUUAGUGGUAACUGCAACCGAUCAAGCGAAACCACCACAAAAACAAUUAUCAUCAACUGUUCAGGUUACAAUCAUACUAAAAGAUAUCAACGACAUGGCUCCAGAAUUUAUCAGUUCAAAAUCAACGACCGUAUCAGAAAAUAUCACACCAAACACUGUUAUAAUGUCUGUGAAAGCAAUCGAUAAAGAUGAAGGACGAAAUGGAUAUAUUGAAUACACACUAGUUGAUGAUACAAAUGGUGUGUUUGCAUUAGGUUCGGUUGAUGGAUUAUUACGUGUAGCUGGUCGAAUUGAUCGUGAAUUACGUGCUAAUUAUAGUUUAUUCAUUAUUGCAAAAGAUCGUGGUGAACCACCGUUAUCAACCAAUACAACCAUAUUUGUACAAGUAUUGGAUGAAAAUGAUAAUAGUCCAGUAUUUGAUCCAAAACAAUACAGUGCAUCAAUUGCUGAAAAUGCAUCAAUCGGUGCAAGCGUUUUACAAGUCUCAGCGACAGAUAUCGAUGAAGGUUUAAAUGGUCGUGUACGAUUUUCAAUAAGUUCCGGUGAUACCAAUCGUGAUUUUAGUAUUGCAGAAGAUUCGGGUGUUGUGCGUGUGGCGAAAAAUUUAAAUUAUGAACGUAAAUCACGUUAUUUAUUAACAGUGCGUGCAGAAGAUUGUGCCGGUGAUAUUAGUGGGGGUGAAGUUCGUUCUGAUGUUGCAGAACUUUCUAUAUCUGUGUCUGAUAUAAAUGAUAAUCCUCCAACUUUUUUGGAUUCACCAUAUAUUGCGUAUGUUAUGGAAAAUAUUAUACCACCAAAUGGUGGCUAUGUAAUUACUGUGGAAGCGUAUGAUGCUGAUAGUCCACCGUUUAAUUCAUUGGUACGGUAUUUUAUCAAAGAAGGUGACACUGAUAUAUUUCGAAUAAAUGCAUCAACUGGUGAAAUAUCAUUGUUGCGAGCAUUGGAUCGGGAAGUUCAAGAAGAAUAUGUUUUAUCAUUAGUUGCAAUGGAUACAGGAUCACCACCAUUAACUGGUACUGGUAUUGUACGAAUUAUCAUUCAAGAUGUCAAUGAUCAUAGUCCAGAAUUCGAAUGGCCAAGUUAUAAAGCAACCGUCAAAGAAAACUUACCAAAAGGUACAUGGAUAAUAACACCAAAAGCCACAGAUCGUGAUAGUGGUUUAAAUGCAAAAAUUCGAUACAGUUUACUUGGCGAUAAAGUAGAACGUUUUCAUGUGAAUCAAGAUGAUGGCACUGUAACCACUGCUGUAGAAUUGGAUCGAGAAGAGACUGAUGUGUAUUAUUUAACAUUAAUGGCACAAGAUUGUUCAACUACAGAACCACGAGUAACCACCGUUAAUUUAACGAUUACGGUUUUGGAUGAUAAUGAUAAUUCUCCAGUAUUUUCCUCGUCAGUUUAUACAGUCAGUGUACCUGAUCGAACACAAGCUGGUCAAUUUGUUUUUGGUGCUAAAGCUGUGGAUGCUGAUAUUAACAAUAAUAGUAAACUGGUUUACAGUUUAUCAGGUCCUGAUAUUGAAAAAUUUACAAUUAAUAAAGAAACCGGUGUCAUACGUGCUACUGAAGAAUUAUCUUUAGGCGGUUUAGGAAGAGGCAAAUUAUUUGAAAUACAAAUAAAAGCAAGUGACAGUGGAAUUGAAAAACGUUCAGCUGUUGCUGAUUUAAAAAUUCAUUUAAAACCUGCUCACUUAUUUCCAAGUUUCACAACACCAAUUGAACAUUCGUUAACAUUACCUGAAGAUAUAUCUGAAGGUCAAGUGAUUGCUAAAAUAAGUGCGACCUCACCGAAGAAAGCACCAAGUGGUAUUGUUCGAUAUGCUAUAGCUGGUGGAAAUAUAGGUGAUGCAAUUAGUAUUGAUAGCGUAACUGGAGAAGUUCAGGUGACCGGACGAGGAUUAGAUUAUGAAACAUCCCCAUAUUAUGAAGUAUGGAUUGAAGCGAAAGAUUCUGAUAAUCCUGCUUUACGUAGUGUACAACAAAUGAUAAUAAAUGUAACAGAUGCCAAUGAUAAUGCACCAAUUAUGGAAUAUUCUGUUUAUAAUGCAACUGUAAUGGAAGAAGAAAUACCACCGGUGUUUAUAAUAAAAAUUGUUGCAACUGAUGCCGAUACAAAUGAAAAUGGUCAAAUAUCAUAUGAACUUGUGGAUGAUUUUGAUGGUGCAUUCGAAAUGAAUCCAGAAAGUGGAGAGAUUUAUACAAAUAUGCGAUUGGAUCGAGAAGAAAUUAGUAAUUAUGAUUUAGUUGUACAUGCUAUAGAUCAGGGUUCACCGCAAUUAACUGGCACUGCAACUGUUUUGGUUAGCGUAUUAGAUAAAAAUGAUAAUCCCCCACGAUUUACGAGAUUAUUUAGUGUGAAUGUAACUGAAAAUGCUGAUAUUGGUUCAUUUGUAAUACGAGUGACAAGUUCUGAUCAAGAUGAAGGAGAAAAUGCAAAUGCUACAUACAGUUUUACAGAAAACCCCGGUAAGAAAUUCGCAAUUGAUCCUGUUAGUGGUAAUGUAACGGUUAUUGGAUCGCUGGAUCGUGAACAACAAGAUGAAUAUUUAUUGAAAGUAGCAGCUGAUGAUGGUUCUUGGAGAUCUGAAACACCACUCACAAUCACUAUUCAAGAUCAAAAUGAUAAUACACCAGAAUUUGAACAUUCAUACUACAGUUUUAAUUUCCCUGAAAUGCAACCAAGUAUGGUGUUUGUAGGACAAGUAUCAGCUACUGAUCGUGAUAAACAAGGUCCAAAUUCUGUAAUUUCUUAUUCGCUUCAACAACCUUCGGAUUUAUUCACAAUCGAUCCAGCAACAGGAGAUGUAUUCAGCAAACGAACACUUCAAUACAAAUACAGUCAAAUGGAAUCAUCUCCAGAGAAUAUUUAUGCUUUAACGGUGUUAGCCACAGAUAAUGGCAAACCACCAAUGAGUUCUGAAUGCUUAGUUACAAUAAACGUUGUUGAUGCCAACAAUAAUCAACCUCAUUUCGAACAAAAACAAUAUUUAGCACCUGUACCAAAAGGUUCCAGAAUUGGUCAGAAAAUUAUAAAAAUUGUUGCUAAAGAUGAACUCGAUUUUGGUGUUAAUGCAGAAGUUGAAUACAAUAUUGGCGGUGGAAAUUCUUCUGAUUACUUCACAAUUGAUAAAAAUUCAGGAUGGGUUAGCUUGAUAAAACAAUUACCCGAAGUAGGAACUACUUAUGUAAUGAAAGUACGAGCUACAGAUAGAGGAGUUCCACCUCAGCAUGACGAAGCGACAGUUACCAUUAUAGUUACAGGUGAAAAUAAACAUGGUCCUGUAUUUACAGCACUUAGUUAUCAAGUUAUCGUUCCCGAAAAUGAACCAUUAGAAUCAACAAUUGUGACAGUUAGUGCGUCAGAUGAAGAUGAAGGUCCAAAUGGUAUGAUUCGAUAUAGAAUAUCAGGUGGAAAUGAACGUAAAGAAUUCGCUGUAGAUUCUGUAACUGGAGCAGUGACAAUCCUUCAACCUUUAGAUUACGAUACUGUACCUGAAUACAAACUAAAUAUUACCGCAGAAGAUUUAGGUUUUGAUUCAAGGCAUACAACGGCAAUGUUGACCGUAACCUUAACAGAUAUUAACGACAACGCUCCAACAUUUAAUCAAACAUCAUAUGAAGUAUAUCUAGCAGAAAACUCCCCACCCAAAUCCUUUGUAUGCCGACUAUUUGCUACUGAUAUCGAUUCACCGAAAAAUGCAAUUAUUGAAUAUUCUGUAGUCGGAGGAUCUGGCAAAGAUUUAUUUAUGAUGGAACCAAAAACUGGAAUUAUAAGUUCACGAAUAAGUUUUGAUUUUGAAGAGAAAAACGUGUACGAUUUAGAUAUUUUAGCUGCGAAUCCUGAUUCAGUUAUGUACGGUUCGACUAAAGUUAUUGUACAAAUAACAGGUGUUAACGAAUACUAUCCUCGAUUUAUUCAACCAGUAUUUCAUUUUGAUGUAUCUGAAUCAGCACUUAUCGGUACACAAGUUGGUGUUAUUCAAGCCACUGAUCAAGAUGCUGGAGAUGAUGGCAAAGUUUAUUAUCUCUUUGUGGGAUCCAGUAAUGAUAAAGGAUUUACUAUUGGAGCUGAAACGGGAAUUAUUAAAAUAUCAAGAAACUUAGAUCGCGAAACUCAAAAUAGAGUAGUACUAACAGUAAUGGCCAAAAAUGCUGGAGGAAUCCGAGGUAAUGAUACAGAUGAAGCCCAAGUGAUUAUAUCGAUACAAGAUGGAAACGAUCCACCAGAAUUUUUACAAACAUUAUAUAAAGCUUCAGUAUCUGAAGGUGCAUCUUACGGCACAAGAAUUCUUACCGUUAAAGCUGUUGAUAAAGAUGUGCGACCACAAAAUAAUCAAUUUAGUUAUUCAAUUAUUGGUGGGAAUAUUGAUCAAGUAUUCAAGAUUGAUCCACAAACAGGUGAUGUAGAAACAUCACGUGAAUUAGACAGAGAAACGAUUCCUGUUUAUAAUUUAAUUGUCGGCGCCAUUGAUACUGGUAUUCCUCCUCAAACAGGAAGUGCUACAAUUCAAAUAACUCUGACCGAUAUUAACGAUAAUGGUCCUAUAUUUGAUCCACCAAAUGUAACUGGCUACGUAAUGGAAAAUCAACCACCAUUUACCAAAGUUAUGACAUUAACAGCAACAGAUCCCGAUUUGCCACCUAACGGAGCACCAUUUUCGUAUUAUUUAGUUGGUGGACGCCAUAAGGAUAUGGUUAUCAUUGAAAAGCAUACGGGAGUUGUUAAAACUACAAAGAGUUUAGACAGAGAAUCAAUACCCAUGUUAGAUAUUAUUGUUGAAGUCGAAGAUAGUGGUACACCAAAAAUGCGAUCUAGACAUCAUGUUACGAUAACAGUACUUGAUGAAAACGAUAGUCCAUCAACGUCUAGAUCAGUACACGUUAUUGUCCAUGCUUUCAGUAAUACAAUUCCAAUUGGUAAAAUUGCUGAUGUUCAUCCAAACGAUGCUGACAUUACUGGCGAAUACCGUUGUAAAAUAUUACAAGCACCCGUACCAAAUGGUGUGCUUACUAUUCCAUCUGGUUGCGAUUUACAUACUUCACAAAUUACACCGAAUCAAGGAUAUUCGUUAUCAGUAUCUGGUAAUGAUGGCAAGCAUGCAGAUGUGAUUUCAAAAGUCACACUUGAAUUUUUAAGUUUUGAUAAUAUUACAAUUGAUAACUCAAUAACAGUUCGAAUAACAAACAUGACAGCCUCGCAUUUUUUAACGAAUUUUUAUAAUGGAAUCUUAGAUCUAUGGAAGACUUGUUUUGAUUCAGGCGAUUCAAUUAAACUGACCAGUAUUUAUGAGAACUCAACGUACAUAGAUCUUACAGUAGCAGUUGAACAAAGUUCUGGAAAAUAUCGCAGUAAAUCGUAUGUAAUUGAGCGACUUUUGAAAAAGAAACCAACAAUGAAAAAUAUGUUUAAAGCGUCACAAUCAGUUACAAUAGGCUAUACGCCAUGUCAAAUCGAUACUUGUAAAAAUGAUGGUAUUUGUACGGAAGCCAUCAAAGUACAUGGCGACACAAGAAUAACUGACAGCAACGCGUUAAUAUUUACAUCUCCGUUAGUAAUUCAUGAAUUUUCAUGCCAUUGUACAGACGGAUUUACUGGGCAAUAUUGUCAUAAACGUCAAGAUCCAUGUUCACCUAAUCCAUGCAAAGCUGGUGGACAGUGCCGUCGUCAAGGAUUCGAAUUUCAAUGUAUCUGCCCGGUCACAAGAGAAGGUCGAUAUUGUGAACAAGAGCGUGGUGAUGCAUGUUCAGAAAAUCCAUGUAAAAAUGGUGGUUCGUGCCGUGAGAGUCCUGAUGGUUCCUCGUUCUUCUGUUUAUGUCGUCCAGGCUAUAGAGGAAAUCAAUGCGAAGCUGUUGCAGAUUCUUGUCGACCAAAUCCUUGUUUGUAUGGUGGUUUAUGCAUUAGCUUAAAACCAGGAUACAAUUGUAGUUGUAUUGAUGGACGGUAUGGACGACAUUGUGAAAAAGGAACAUUUGGUUUUAAUGAAUUAUCGUACAUGAAAUUCCCAGCAUUGGAUGCUGCAACCAAUGAUAUUUCGUUAAUAUUUGCAACUACAAAACCAAAUGCAUUAUUAAUUUACAAUUAUGGAAUUCAAUCUGGUGGACGAUCCGAUUUUGUUGCUAUGGAAUUAAUCAACGGAAAAGCAAUAUUUUCGUUUGGUGGAGCGCGUACUGCUAUUACAUCAGUAUCUGUAAGUGGUAAAACGGGAAGUUUAUCAGAUGGAACAUGGCACAAAGUUACAGCAACACGAAAUGGUCGAGUGGUAUCGCUUAGUGUAGCAUCAUGCACCGAGCAUGGAGAUUCAUGUGAAGAUUGUCGUCCUGGGGAUACAGCUUGUUAUGCAGAUGAAAUUGGUCCUACUGGAACAUUAAAUUUCAACAAUCAACCGUUGCUUGUUGGUGGAUUAUCAACAGCUGAUCCUGUACUUGAACGACCCGGACAAAUUCAUUCAGAUGACCUUGUGGGAUGUGUACACAGUAUAUCAGUAAAUGGUAGAUCAUUAAAUUUAAGCAACCCAAUUGAGUCAAAUGGUGUUCAAUCUACUUGUAGUCGUCAUGGAAAUUGUAAGGCAGCUCCAACUGAUCCUUGUGGUGGUUUUGGUUCAUGUUUGGAUCAUUGGCAAACACUUAAAUGUAAAUGUGAUAAUCGAUUAAUUGCGCCAAACUGCAAUUCUGCUCUUCAACCCAUAUCAUUGAUCGAUGGUGGAUUUAUCGAAUUUAAAAUAUCACAAAAACAUAAACGAAUGCAAUUACUGGAAAAUAUUUACAGGGGAAGUACCAAUUGGCAUUCUCAUCAUCAUCGUAAUGAACGAUCAACACCUCUACUUAACGAUAUGCCAGCAAAAACUAUAAGUCUGAUGUUUCGAACAAUCAAACUAGAUGGGGUACUUAUUUAUGCUGCAAGUAAUAAACAUUACACCUCAGUGGGUCUUCGCAAUGGUGAAUUGGUUUAUACGUCAAGAUUUAGUACAUCCGUUAAUAUGAGCAGCGUAGAUUUACAUAUAUCUGAUGGAAAAUGGCAUAAUUUAACAUUACACUCGAAAAACAGAGGUUUACAUUUGUUUUUGGAUGGUAAUCGUGUAGGCGACGAAUUAGAUACUGCUGGUGUACACGAUUUCUUAGAUCCAUAUUUAACAGUUUUAACUUUAGGUGGUAUCAAUUCUAGAAUUAAUUUUAACAUUGAAGAUAUGUCACAAAAUUUUGAAGGUUGUUUUGCAAAUUUUACUAUAAAUAAUGAAGUACAACCAUUUAAUGGAUCUGGAAGUGUUUUCAAUGAAGUUUUAACAACGGGGAAAGUAUUACCAGGAUGUCAACAUAUUCUGGGUGUUGGAGCCGCAGUAUCACCCGAUCCUUUAAGUAUUGGAAUAACACUAGUAAUAGUAUUCUUUGUUGUAUUAUUAGUUGCCAUUUUAGUAUCGUUUAUAGUAUUCCGAUUACGUAGACAGAAGAAAGAAAAGUCUGGUGCACCUGGAUGCUCAUCUGGAAUGCAUGUUAAACAAAAUGGUGGCAAUGCGAUAAUGAGUAGCUCAAAUCUUGUAUCGUUAGGCCCAGAUGGAGUUUUAGUAAGACCAUCACAUACAAAUGAAACAUCUGUUGCGUACUUAGAAAAUGGAGAUGUUAUUCGAGGUGUAAGUGGUCAUCAUAUAAUUGCCCCGGAAUUAAUAUCGAAAAAAUAUAAAGAACGUGAGAUACCUUCUAAUGAACAUCGUCCACAAAGACCGGAUAUUAUUGAAAGAGAAGUAGUAGGUAAAAGCCCUCCAAUGAGAGAAGAUCAUCAUCCACCUAUACCACCUUCUUCGGCUCAUGUACAUGAUCAUGUCAAUACAGAUUUAAACUCUGAGCUACCAGAACAUUACGAUUUAGAAAAUGCUAGUUCGAUAGCACCUUCUGAUAUUGACAUAGUAUAUCAUUACAAAGGUUAUCGAGAAGCAGGUGGGGUACGCAAAUAUAAAGCAACACCUCCACCUGUAACAACUUACCAUCAUAAACAUAGUGCCUCACAAAAUCAAACACAACAUCGUCAUUCCCCACAUCAUGCUGGUGGAUACCCACCAAGAGCGCCACCAACAUCUCAAACACCAUCAAAUCGUCAACAUCAAAGUACACCAUUAGCGCGGCUAAGUCCCAGUAGUGAAUUAAGUGCUCAACAACCGCGCAUUUUAACAUUACAUGACAUUAGUGGAAAACCUUUACAAACUGCUCUAUUGGCCACAACAUCCAGUUCUGGCGGAGUAGGUAAAGAUCCAUUACAUAGUAAUAGUGAACGUAGUUUAAAUAGUCCAGUAAUGUCACAAUUAAGUGGACAAAGUUCAGCUAGUCGUAAAGCUGUGCCACAACCACCAAAUAGUGGCAAUUCAGGUAUGGGCUUAACAGCCGAAGAAAUAGAACGUUUAAAUUCACGUCCACGGACGUCUAGUCUAGUAUCCACUUUAGAUGCAGUAUCUAGUUCCAGUGAGGCACCACAUGGGCCUCAUCAAAGUCAUUUAGCGCAUUUACAUCAUUCACCUGUAAUAGACACACGUCGUAGUUCAACAACCACUGAUGAAAGUGGGAACGAUAGUUUUACAUGUUCAGAAAUCGAAUAUGAUAAUUCUAGUUUAGCUGGUGAUAAAUAUAAAAAUGAGAGUGAAUCCAGGUGCGCAGAUAAUGGGAGUACUGGUAGUAAACCAAUUCCACCACCGUCGUACGACGGAUUUGAUUCGUCAUUUCGAGGAUCAUUAAGUACAUUAGUAGCAUCUGAUGAUGAUUUAAAUGGACCAAUGUAUCGACCGCCAGCUGGUUCACCAUCAGCAACGUCAGCAUUAGGUUGGGAUUAUUUAUUAAAUUGGGGUCCUGAUUUUGAAAGUUUAGUGGGAGUUUUUAAAGAUAUCGCCGAAUUACCAGAUGGUGUUAAUAAUAGAGUACCAACAUCUUUACGACUUCAAAGUGCUCCCAAACCAUCCGAAGAAUAUGUUUAGUAUGUAAAAAUUAGUUUUUAGAUUAGAAAACAAGUUUAAAAAAAUGUA